UUCUCUGGAGGCUCCGCGAUUCGCGCCCAACUGUAGCUACUCCAGUCACGAGGGACGGACGACAGCUGGGUCGGCGGCGAGUGGCCUGCAGGAUUUGCUUAUAGUCGCGAUGAGUUUGCCCCUCAAUCCCAAACCUUUCCUGAAUGGAUUAACAGGAAAGCCAGUAAUGGUGAAACUUAAGUGGGGAAUGGAGUACAAAGGCUACCUGGUAUCUGUAGAUGGCUAUAUGAACAUGCAGCUUGCAAACACAGAAGAAUACAUAGAUGGAGCAUUGUCUGGACAUUUGGGUGAAGUUUUAAUAAGGUGUAAUAAUGUCCUUUAUAUCAGGGGUGUUGAAGAAGAGGAAGAAGAUGGGGAAAUGAGAGAAUAGCAUCUUUUGUGG